CAACGAGCGUACGUAUUUGUUGGAAUAUACGAUGGCACCUUUUCUACGCAUGUCAUGGACGUAACAAUGCAUUGAUUUCUGCGCCAAAAAACUGCGGCGCAUACUCCGAGUUACGUCAUAACAUGGACGUCAUGUGACAGACAAAUGCCUAUCGGAAGCGAACGAAACGUCGUGUGGCCGAGGAAGGCGAUUCGAGGUGAUUCCUCUAGUGGUAACUGAGUGUCAUCUGACUGAACGUGUGUAUUUGUCAAACGCCACUACGAAAAUUGCGCAGUGUUGAAAAACAAAAGCAUUUGUAAAAAACAAUAAAUAUGUCUCUGAAUACGGCUCACGCAAGCGGAGGAGUUCUUAUUCACGCAGGGGAAUGUAUAAUAUUAUUUUGUGACAAUGUGGUAAUGGAAUUUCAUGGGCAAGAACAAGCCGAAUUCAAAGGAAGCAAGUCUGGACGCCUGUACUUGACAACUCAUAGAAUUAUUUUCAAUGCAAAAGAUGGAAGGGAGAAAAUGCAGUCCUUUAGCUUUCCAUUUGUGACUUUGAGUGAUGUUGAGCUAGAACAACCAGUUUUUGGUGCUAAUUAUAUCAAAGGAAAAGUUCGUGCCCAGCCCAAUGGGAAUUGGGUUGGUGAAGUGAAGUUCAAGCUCAUGUUCAAGUCCGGUGGUGCUAUUGAAUUUGGACAAGCAAUGCUAAAAGCUGCCCAAAUUGUAUCCAGAAACGGACCCCAACGUGAUGGUCUGCCGGCAUACACCCCACCCACUGGCCCAUGGUAUGCUGCUCCUCCGCCUGCUUACACUCCAGCUCCCACUGGAUAUUAUGGAUGGAUGCCACCCACCCAUGUUUUUCCAUCAGCUCCACCGCCAAACUCUGUAUUUAUGACAGAUAUGCCACCUCCAUACCCAGGUGUGAAUGGAUACAAUUGCUAUGCUACUGCUCCUCCUGCUGGUGCUGGGGCAGUAGGCUUCACACAACCUGCUCCAUCAGCUGCAGAUCUAAAUGCUGCAAAGACUGAUACCCAAAGUGCUUAUUUGAUGACCCAAAACAAACAACCCGCAAAAAAAAGGGGAGAGCGUCACCUUCCAGUGCGCUAUCGUUCCACCACCUGCAUUACUAACUGUGCAAUUACAAUUGAUCCUGAGGAACCUCCACCUACUUACCAGUCUGCCACCGGAAAGAAGAACCAGUAAUCACGCUUCUUGCUUAUCCAUCUGUACAAGACUUGAUGGGUAAUUGUUUCAUCUGCUAACUUACUGGCUGUUUGUCUGCUGGUUUAUUCUUGUGAGAAUCUUGUGCAUAUGUAUAUUUGUAAACAUUUUUUGUCCUAGAGCACUAUAAAAAUGUUUCAAGAAUAUUUCAAAGCAACUGAUAUAUUAAAGGAAACAAUUAUUGUAAUAAUCAGAGGUCAAGAUUAAGGGUUUUAUGUUAAUAGUGGGACCAUGUUUUAGUGGUAAAUUGUUAUGGAGAUAAUAUUUUAUCAAUGUUACAUUCAAUAAAAGCUUGUUGCAAGAUCUUUGUCAAUGCAUAGGAUCAGCUUGUCACUUGUUUUUGUUUUUUAUAGCUUUCUGAGCUUAGUGUCAGAUUUAUGGUUCUUGGUUUCCCUGUUUUGCAGUUUAGCAUUACUAUCCAGACUUACCACCAUGUUGACACACAUUUUAGUGUUGGUUUCUCAUUACAAUAUCAUGAAGACAAUAUCCAAUAUUAUAUUAACAAUUUUAAAACCAUUUUGACUGUGAAUGCAAAUGACAGUUUGGUCUGCAGUGCAUUUUCUUGCAACUAGUAUUGCUUCUCGUUUAGAUAAUUUUAUAAUUGAAAGUAAUUAAAAGAGAAUUAUUUUAUAUUUAUAUAAUGCUUCUCAACACAACUGAUGUAUGUUCUUCAGUAUUAUUGUGAUUGUGAAUAUCAAAGAAUAUUAUUUUCUUUCUUGUAAAAUUAUAUUAAUUAUAUGCAACACGUUCAAUUCCUUUUCAAAUUGCCAUGUUGGUGCUAAAGCACAAAUGGAAACUUGCAUGCUAUGUAUAAUUGAGUAGUUUAGUUGGAAAAUUCUAAAAAGUCCAUAAAACUUGUACAUAUAAGAAGAAGAUAAAAAUUGUAAUUAUAUUAGUUAGCAUUUUUAUUCUUUAUAUUAUUGUGAUACCAAGACUGAGGAUCGUAGGGCCAAGACCUACUUUUAAAAAAUCACUCAAGCAACUUGAAAAAACAAGGGGUGGAAUGUUUUUCCAGAAUGGUUUACAGAUCAAUUUGAAUAAUUUCUUUGGAAAAGAACCCUUCAUAAAUUUUUUUAAAAAAAUUGAUAUUUACAGGAAUAUAGGAAAUAUGUUGUAUGUAAACAUUUUCAGUAUUUGUAUUCUUUUUCUUCUUUUCUUUCUUUCGUUGUGCUUCAAAUAUUUUGGAUAUCUUGUAAUGACAGUUAAACAGAUUACGGCUGUGAAGAUUUCUCUUUGCUAAAAGACUUGGCUUGUUCAGUGCUUUAAUGUAUUUAAUCAUAUGGAAUUUAAGGUUACUGUAAUAAUUCUUCUCACGUUUUGGUUUCUCACGUUUCAAUCUACAAUUUUCGUAUUCUUUUAUAAUUACUCAGGCUUAAUACGUGAUUGUGCAGAUACUUGUAAACCACCAGUGAAUACAUAGAAAUGUGAUCAAACAUUUGUUAUAUUGAAUAAGAUUAAUGCAGCGACUCCAAUAGUGAACUGUUUUCGAGUCAAAACUGUGAAUUGGUCUUGUUCUCUCUCUCUAUCACUCACUUGGUUUCACUCUUCUUUUUUCUCCUAAAAAACUAAACAAUAUUUAAUCACUUCAUAGUAUAUAAUAGAAAAGAGUUCAAGCAAAAAAUAAAAAUGUAGUUUCUUCAAAAUUUUAAAUUACAAAUAUUUAAUAUUAAUGGCAAAUGAAAGCCAGUAUAGGUUUUGUUGUGCUGAUGUCCAGGGCACAGUUUAGUGUUUCCUGCCUUCAUUGAUUAAUGUCUUUCUGCUGCUUCAUUUUUUUUUUUAAAAUAUAAUUGUGAUUUCUUCAA